AUGAAACUAAAGAGAGACGAAAGGGCGGCGGCAUCGAAGGGCACGACGGCGAUGAAUGCCGACAGAGAUGGCAAUGACGAUGUCAGUGCAUUGAAGGAGGAAGAAGAAAGGAACACGAGGCCGACGGAGCAGACUGACGCCGAUGAUGCUGGCUACAGAGGUAAGGUUUCAUACGAGGAGAGGAAAGUUGGAAAAGGAAUCGUUGGCGACAAUACUGGCCAGUAACAGCGGUGGGUAAAAUCGGCCAUUCCUCUAGUCCCUCCUCUAGACCAGAGACGACGAGCUAGAGCGAGGUUCAAGAUCUAAAUCCUCGAUGACAGUGACCGGGAAGCCAAUCCCAACAUCCUCGAUCUAGUCUUUCCCUUAUUUGUCUGUGUUCAAUAGAUUGGAGGCUGUAAUGUAAUUUGCCACUGCUCUUGUUAAUUGUUGUACGAGAGUGGCAGGUUAGACUGCUAUGGAAAUGGUUGUAAUGUUUAGGGUUUUUGGUAAUCUUUCCAUUAUCAGGUUCUAAUGCAG